GCCCGGUGGGCUCUUGCGGAAGUCCUUUCGCCACUGGGAGGGACUCGGCGGCUGCUCUAUGCCCUUGUUGCCGAGGGAGUCUUCCUGGGUCAUUGCGGGAGCAGGAGUCGGACUGGGGCCGACACGGGGCUCCCACGUGGCCGUCUCGGCGCCUGUGUGUGGUCUGCGCUGGCGGGAUGUGGCGAGCACGCCGGGCGGCAGUGGCCUGUGAAGUCUGCCAAUCACUAGUGAAGCACAGCUCUGGAAUACAAAGAAACUUACCACUCCAGAAACUACAUCUGGUUUCACGAAGUAUUUAUCGGUCACAUCUUCCCACUCUAAAGCUUCAAAGACCCCAACUAAGGACAUCAUUUCAGCAGUUCUCUUCUCUAACUAACCUUUCUUUGCAUAAAUUAAAACUUUCUCCUAUUAAAUAUGGCUACCAGCCCCGCAGGAACUUUUGGCCAGCAAGGUUAGCUGCAAGGCUCUUAAAACUUCGAUAUAUCAUACUGGGAUCUGCUGUUGGAGGUGGCUAUACAGCAAAAAAAACCUUCGAUGAAUGGAAAGAUAUGAUACCAGACCUUAGUGACUAUAAGUGGAUUGUGCCUGACUUUAUAUGGGAAAUUGAUGAGUAUAUUGAUUUGGACAAAAUUAGAAAAGCCCUUCCCAGUUCAGAAGACCUUGCCAAGUUAGCACCCGACCUGGACAAAAUUGCUGAUAGCCUCAGCUUAUUGAAGGACUUCUUCACCACAGGUCACAAAUUGGUUAGUGAAGUCAUAGAAGCUUCUGGCCCACUUCUCUUGUUAGGUUCACCUGGAGAAACAGCAUUUAGAGCAACAGAUCAUGGAUCCGAAAGUGACAAGCAUUAUAAGAAGGGUCUGCUUGGUGAGCUCAUUCUCUUACAACAGCAAAUUCAAGAGCACGAAGAGGAAGCACGCAGAACCGCUGGCCAGUAUAGCACGAGCUAUGCCCAACAGAAGCGCAAGGUGUCAGACAAAGAAAAGAUUGACCAACUUCAAGAGGAACUUCUGCAUACUCAGUUAAAGUACCAGAGGAUCUUGGAGCGUUUAGAAAAGGAGAACAAGGAGCUGAGAAAAUUGGUACUGCAGAAGGAUGACAAAGGCAUCCAUCAUAGGAAACUGAAGAAAUCUUUGAUUGACAUGUAUUCUGAAGUUCUUGAUGUUCUCUCCGAUUAUGAUGCCAGUUAUAAUACACAAGAUCAUCUGCCACGGGUUGUUGUGGUUGGAGAUCAGAGUGCUGGAAAAACAAGUGUGCUGGAAAUGAUUGCUCAAGCACGGAUAUUCCCACGAGGGUCUGGGGAGAUGAUGACACGGUCUCCCGUGAAGGUGACUCUCAGUGAAGGUCCUCACCAUGUGGCCUUGUUUAAAGAUAGCUCUCGGGAGUUUGAUCUUACCAAGGAGGAAGACCUUGCGGCAUUAAGACAUGAAAUCGAACUCCGAAUGCGGAAAAAUGUGAAAGAAGGUUGUACUGUUAGCCCUGAGACCAUAUCUUUAAAUGUCAAAGGCCCUGGACUCCAGAGGAUGGUGCUUGUGGACUUGCCCGGUGUGAUCAAUACUGUGACAUCAGGCAUGGCUCCUGACACAAAGGAGACGAUUUUCAGUAUCAGCAAAGCUUACAUGCAGAAUCCCAAUGCCAUCAUCCUGUGCAUUCAAGAUGGAUCUGUAGAUGCUGAGCGCAGCAUUGUUACAGAUUUGGUCAGUCAAAUGGAUCCUCAUGGAAGAAGAACCAUAUUUGUUUUGACCAAAGUAGACCUGGCAGAAAAAAAUGUAGCCAGCCCAAGCAGGAUACAACAGAUAAUUGAAGGCAAGCUCUUCCCAAUGAAAGCUCUGGGUUAUUUUGCUGUUGUAACAGGAAAAGGAAACAGCUCUGAAAGCAUUGAAGCUAUAAGAGAAUAUGAAGAAGAAUUUUUUCAGAAUUCCAAACUCCUAAAGACAAGUAUGCUGAAGGCACACCAGGUCACCACGAGAAAUCUAAGCCUUGCUGUGUCCGACUGCUUUUGGAAAAUGGUUCGAGAGUCAGUUGAACAACAGGCUGAUAGCUUCAAAGCAACACGUUUUAACCUGGAGACGGAGUGGAAGAAUAACUACCCUCGCCUGCGAGAGCUCGACAGGAAUGAACUAUUUGAAAAAGCUAAAAAUGAGAUCCUUGAUGAAGUUAUCAGCCUGAGCCAGGUUACUCCAAAGCACUGGGAGGAAAUCCUUCAGCAGUCUCUGUGGGAAAGAGUGUCAACUCAUGUGAUUGAGAACAUCUACCUUCCGGCUGCACAGACCAUGAAUUCAGGAACAUUUAACACCACAGUGGACAUCAAGCUUAAACAGUGGACUGACAAGCAGCUUCCUAAUAAAGCAGUAGAGGUAGCUUGGGAGACGCUACAAGAGGAAUUUUCCCGCUUCAUGACGGAACCCAAAGGGAAGGAGCACGAUGACAUAUUUGACAAGCUUAAAGAGGCUGUGAAGGAGGAGAGUAUCAAGCGGCACAAGUGGAACGACUUUGCAGAAGACAGCUUGAGGGUCAUUCAGCACAAUGCUCUGGAAGACCGGUCCAUAUCAGAUAAGCAGCAGUGGGAUGCAGCCAUUUACUUUAUGGAGGAGGCCCUUCAAGCCCGUCUCAAGGAUACUGAAAAUGCUAUUGAAAACAUGAUAGGCCCCGACUGGAAAAAGAGGUGGUUGUACUGGAAGAAUCGGACCCAAGAACAGAGUGUUCACAAUGAAACCAAAAAUGAAUUGGAGAAGAUGCUGAAGUGUAAUGAGGAGCACCCAGCUUAUCUUGCAAGCGAUGAGAUUACCACAGUUCGGAAGAAUCUGGAAUCUCGAGGAGUUGAAGUAGAUCCAAGCUUGAUUAAGGAUACUUGGCAUCAAGUUUACAGAAGACAUUUCUUAAAAACGGCCCUAAAUCAUUGUAACCUUUGUCGAAGAGGUUUUUAUUACUACCAGAGGCAUUUUAUAGAUUCUGAGCUGGAAUGCAAUGAUGUGGUCCUGUUUUGGCGAAUACAGCGCAUGCUGGCUAUCACUGCCAAUACGUUAAGGCAGCAGCUUACAAACACUGAAGUGAGGCGACUGGAGAAAAACGUUAAGGAGGUCCUAGAAGAUUUUGCUGAAGACGGUGAGAAGAAGAUUAAAUUGCUUACUGGCAAACGGGUUCAGCUGGCUGAAGAUCUCAAGAAAGUUAGAGAAAUUCAAGAAAAGCUUGAUGCUUUCAUUGAAGCUCUUCACCAGGAGAAGUAGACUGUACUAAAAUCUGCUCAUAAUCACCUCUGCAUACAUUGGAAGAAUGAAAACUUCAGUCUUUUGUCCUGCCUCCUUUCUCCUGUUCUGCCUUUUCAGUGCAAAAUAAAGUCAUAGGGUGAAAUUAACCUAUGUGUGUUACAGGCACCUCCACCCCCAGCUGCCUUUUGAGCAGAAGAACAGUAAAGACAGCAUUCCCCGUCUAUGUGCUUGUACUGACGUGACAAACUGGCCAGUAGGCUUAGCCCUCAAAAAUAAGGAAGUUAUCUCUCAAGUCUUAUUUGUGGUGGCACCAGUGAGAUUCAUUAUGGAUGUCUUCAGACAUAUAAUGGUAGUUGUUUUGGAAUAAAACUUAUGGUAAUUUUUUAAAAGGCAUCAAUUAUGUAUAUGGUGAUAGUUGCCUGCUAAGCCGUCAUCUGUCUGCAGUGUUCUGUAUCUAGGAUUGUCUGACUAUAAUAAUCCAGUUUAUGUUCACCCCAUGAAAGGAAGCUGGUUUACCAAAGGAUACUUCAGACAGGGUAACUCGUGUUGGACGGUUCAGUGUGUACUCAGUUACAAAAACAUCAGCCUUCCGUUGCCAGUGUAGAAACUCGCGUUGGCAGCCAGUAGUAGCAGCUUACACGGUUGCUCUUCUUACAGUCUGUGUAUCCAUUUACAAUGAAUUCUUUUGAAUAUUGUGUGCUUUAUAUCAGGCUUUCUGGUGAUAGUAGUGGGGUCUCUCCUGUUGACAGCCAUUGGAGUAUGACUCAAGAUGGAGAAGAGUCAAGGUAAUCAGCCGACGAGUUUCACUUAGAGCUGUCAGACACUGAAGUGGACAUCGGGGCAGGCUGCCGCACAGCCUUCAGGCACUGUUUGAAAUGAAAUUAUUCUAACAAGUGGGAGCAUGGUGACCCACCCCCUUAAAGCUGAGAAUUCCAUUUAAUUCAUUGCAGUUACAGUGGCAACCCUCCCAAUAUUUUCAUGUGCUUUAUUUGGAAUUGUAUUGGUUAAGAGACUGCAAAGCAAACAAAUGCGCCAUAUUUUACUCAAACGUCCCUUUCAUCUACUACUUUUUUUUUUUUAAUUAAGGCUUUACUGUGCUGGUAAAAAUGCCCAGUGUUGCAGGUUGCAGUUUUUAUUUCACAGUUAAUUUUAUAAAAAGUUUUCUUGGAAUUGUUUUUUGUAAGGAUUCUCUACCACACACAUACUAUAUAUAUAUAUAUAUAUAUAUAUAUAUAUAUAUAUAUACACACACACACACACACACACACAUAUAUAUGUAUAUGUAUGUAUGGAAGGCAAAAUAUUUCAGAAACUAUAAAUUCGGUACGCAUUUUAUUUAAAUUAGGAGAUAAGAAAUUUAGGUACUAUCCUCACCAGGAAAAGCAGCAUCCGUCGUUUCCUAGGAUGCGAGUGCUCCGGUGCCUUGUGUCCCGUGGGUGUGGGACAGUGCUGAACAGAAGCUAGGUAGAGCCCUGUGCUGAUUGACACACGGGUUAGGAAAGGGUCCCCUAAGCCCUACUAAUCUAACUGGGUGGAAGCCCUGCCUAAGGCCAGCAGGGGAGAGCUGUAGUUUUCUCCUAAGGAAAAGCUGAUGUUAGGCAUCAUAUUCCUUUGUAUAAUUUUCUUUUCAUGGAAGAGAACUUUUAUUUCUUUGUGGGAGUCAAUAUUUGUAACUUCAACCAAAAAUCCCUGUCAUUCCUCAUGUCCCCAUGGGUUAUUUUAACCUGGUUUCCUGCUAACCAUGUCUUUCCACACCCCUCAAAGGCUGGUAUUUGUCAGAUGUGGAAGCUGUAGACAGGAGAUAAAGUUCAGUCCAGCUGUCGGCCCUGUAUGUCAAGUCUGUAGUUCAGGUGCUUGAUCUACAGAAGGUAAAGUCUAACUGGACCAGAAAUCAUUUGUUUCUCACAUCUGGAUUUGCAGAGAAUGGAGUGUACAAAAUUCUAUUUGGAGAACAAAGGGAUUUUUAGUAGAUGAUAAGCAAAAUGAAUUGUGGGAUUCGGCUAUAACAACAUGAACCAGAGGACGGCAGCAGCCAAGCUUUUGGGGGUCUUCUUCCUACUCUCUCGUAUUAGCCCCAUUUCCUAGGCCAUACUCAGUGGACUCUCACACAUUACCUGGUACCCAAUGGAAUCCACAGUGUGAAUGUGCACAGGGGGCACAACAGGUGGGACUUCCUCGCUGCAAUUUUGGAAUGUCACGUGAGGAUUCUGGUGGCACACAGCAAUAAUCCCAGCCCUCAAGUGGCAGAAGCAGGACUAUCAUGAGUUAAAGGCAAUCCAGAGCUAUGCAGGGAGGCCCUGUGUCAAAAUAAAAAUCAUACAAUUAAGAGUGUAGACUUAAUGGACAAAUUUCUAGUUAAUUUUGUAUUUAUUUCAGAUGUAUUUAUCUGAUAAAAAAGAAACAUGGUAUCUUUUUCUUUGCAGUAAUGAGAUCACGGUGCUGGCGUAUCUCCAUCCUCUACGCUGGUGUAUGGUAGACUGUCGUUGCUGUAGCAAAUGGAAAUGUGCUUGGAAAUAUGCUUACCUUCUAAACAAUCAUGGCUAUUGGAUAUCUAAAUAUUUACACUUAACCAUGUCUUCAUGUGCACUGUGAAUGGACUUUGUAUUAUUUUUUUAAACCUUACACUCGAUGUAAAUGUUACUACGACUUCUAUUUGCCUGUGCUUGAUCUAAGGUCAUUUGUGUAGAUGGGUAAUUAAAAGAUACUGAAGUGA